AUGCAGUCGAUUCUCCAGUAUCGACGCUUUCGUCGGAGAUUGGAAGCGCAGAUUGAACGGCAUGGCAUUGAGAAGGUUGCUUCCUCCAAUCAACAGCCACCGGUGCUAGUUACGCAGUCUCACGAGGCAGGUGCGCCUCAUGAUCUGGAAAGCUACCCGGAAACGACUAUCGAAAGCAGAGAUCAUGCUUUGGAAGAGAAGCAGCUGGAGAAUGCUCAGCCGCCAUUUGAUUUAAAUGGCCAGCAUGGGCCAAGUUCUGGAAUUGUAUUCAGAGACGAGACAUCAAAUCAAGUCAUUCUUACUGAAAGGGACCACACUGGCACCUCCAGAACUGAUCAUGCGACUGCCACAAGCAGUACGACACUGAUAGGAGACAGGAAGACAGAAGCAGCCGAGCCGUAUCUCCGUCCGGAGUUUGCAGGAAGCUCCUCUUCAAUCUCUUCCUCGUCCACACAAAGCGGCACGCCCAAUCGACUGGCUACUGUGAGCACACAUCGAACACAAACGUCGACAGGAGCUGCCAUGGGCCAGGCUUUGACCGGAGUUGAUAUGCACACGCCACAUACCAACGAGAAAGGGCAUGACACGGGCGGGCAUGUCUUUGUGGUAGGCUACCAAGGGCUCGAAGACAAGCUGAACCCGCAUAACUGGUCCACUCCACGUCGCAUCUGCUACACGCUGCUGAUCGCACUCAUCGGGAUGAUCGUCGGAUUCGCUUCGAGCGUCGACUCGCCCGCCACGCUAAAGGCCGCCGAGGAAUUCCACGUCGGUGAGGUUACUGAGUCGCUCGCAACGUCCAUGUAUCUUCUGGGGUUCGGCGUUGGAGCACCGUUCGCGGCGCCACUCUCCGAGACAUUUGGCCGUAAUGUCGUUUAUAUCGCCACGCUGAGUCUGUUCAUGGUCUGGAUCAUGGCGUCGGCGCUGGCGCCGAACAUUGCGGCUCAGCUUGUCUUUCGCUUCCUUGCGGGCUUCUUUGGCUCCACGCCACUUACCUGUGCUGGAGGGAGUAUUUCUGAUAUGUGGGAUGCCUCAGAACGCACGGCGAUAUUCCCUGUUUUUGCCAAUUCAGCAUUCUGGGGCCCUAUCCUCGGGCCUGUAAUUGGGGCUUUCAUUGCGCAAUCUGAUGUUGUGUCCUGGAGGUGGUGUGAAUGGGUCACCCUGAUCUGGUCGGGCCUUAUUUUGGGACUGGUAAUCCUCUUCCUUCCCGAAACUUAUGCGCCGAUCCUACUGAAGUGGAAAGCAACGCAUCUACGAGCAAUCACUGGGGAUGAGAGGUAUAUGUCGCAGAUGGAAGUGCAGAACACCAAGCUUUCAGACCGGAUACUUGCGAAUAUGUACAGGCCUAUUAUGCUCUUUGCGUUUGAGCCGAUUGCUAUUCUUUUUACUUUUUAUUUGAGCGUUGUAUAUAUCGUGCUAUUCACUUUCCUCACUGGAUUCGAAUUCAUCUUCUCCGAGACAUACGGACUAUCGCAAGGCUUGACCUACCUGAUAUUCGUCGCGUUGGGUGUUGGUUUCGCGGUGGCCUCAGCAUUUGUUCCCUGGAUAUACAAGACAUAUCAAAGGCAGCUGCGGGAAGUCGAGAGUAGUGGUGGAACAAAGCUUCCGCCGGAGAGGAGGCUGAUAUUUGCAAUGCUCGGUGCACCAUGGCUCCCCAUUGGACUCUUUUGGAUGGGAUGGACCGCCUACCCGUCGAUCAGCGUCUGGUCACCGAUUCUAUCCUGCAUUCCGUCGGGAUUUGCGAUAUUGGCGAUAUUCAUCUCGACUUAUCAAUAUCUGAUCGAUGCGUAUGAGAUGCACGCGGCGAGUGCAUUGGUCGGUGUCACUUUCGUGCGGUACAUCGUGUCUGCGGGCAUGAUCCCAGUGUCUAUUCCUUUCUAUAGGAACCUCGGAGUGCAUUGGACGUUGACUGUGCUUGGAGGCAUCUCUGCGGUAUUGGCCCCAGUGCCGUUCAUCUUUUGGAAGUAUGGUGCCAGUAUUCGGAAGCGCAGUCGAUAUGCCUCGGAGAAGUUGUAG